AUGAGAUGUGCAGCCGCAAGGGCACCAUGUGAAGUGGACCUCCACUUUGGCAACCCAUCCUCUCUGUCCACCUUGCCUGCUGUGAUGUGUAUGGCCGAUCCAGUUCCUAUGGAUGCUGAAAGAUCUUCACCAUCGAGUUUGGAAAACAUUGCUGGAUAUUUGAACAAAGCUGUUCACCUGAGGGACAGCGAGGUCACUGCCACUGCAACCCACCCUGGCUCUGCCUCUGCAGCAGAGCUCAACAUUCAACACAAUGACAUUUCCCACUCUACCAUAUGCCUGAGGGACAGUCAGGUAGCCCUCACUGGGACCCACCCUAGUUCUGCCUCUUCUCCUGAGUCUGGCAUCAAUCUGCAAUUUGCUUUUGCCCUCAUCAACUAUGUGGAAGCUCACCUGGAUGCAUUGGUCAAUUUUGAAGAUACUCUGGCUUUGAUCACUGAUGAUCAGGUUUGA